GGAGACGGAGCUUGCCGUCUGGCAAAACAGCAUCCUUCCCUCCUUCUCCGCUCCUCCCCUCCGUCCUCUCGGCAUCUCUCCCACGCUCCAGCUCCCCCAGAUCCUCCCGGGGAACGCAAACACCGCUCGGCUCGGUUUCUCCGUGUGAGCCAGCCACUUGACUCGGUACUUUUCCGUGUGUUUGUCUACCUGCGGCAGCGGAGGUGGGCGCGCGCGGAGUCCUCUGACCCUCUGUCGCCCACUCGCCUUCUCCAGAGGAGAGGAGGGGGGGAGAUAUGGAUGGACUGCGCUUGCCUCCACUCAUAGAAGAGGCUCUGGACUCCACAGAUGAUCCCGGCGAUCUGAAAGCUGCCAGCAGCCCGAACAUGGACAACGAGAUGACGGCCAAGGAGAGAGGCAUCCUGGAGGAGGACAACGAGAAGGAGGAGGUGGACCAGGAGCGGUCCCAGGAGGACGAGGGGGAAGAGAGGAAACUGAGGGAGGAGGACGGGGAAGGGCUGGAGAAGAGGAGCAAAGAGCAGGAAUUGCUGACGGAGGAGCAGGAGCUGGAGGAGCUGAAGGCCCAGGUUCUGCAGCUGCUGCUGGAGCUGGACGAGGCCAGGGAGACGUCCAACAAGCACCAGGAAAGUUUCCAUGAGUUGCAAGGUCUGCUGGAGGACGAGCGACUGGCCAGCGCCCAUCAGGCCGAGGCCUUCACUCGACAGAUCCAGAAUCUACAAGCCCAGCUGCGCUCUGUGCAGGAGGAGAUGAACAGUUUGGAGGAGGAGAAGGAGAGCGAGCUGGCCGAGGCCCAGGAGGAGCUGCGCGUGGCCCAGGAGGAGGUGCUCUUGCUCCAGCAGGCGGCGGAGGAGGCCGCUGCCGAGCGCGAGAACGACAUCGCGUCACUGCAGGAGGAGCUGUGCCGCCGGCGGGCCGAGCUGCAGCGCCUGACCGAGGAGACGCAGGAGUACGAGCUGGAGAUCACGACGCUGAGGGCGGAGAUCAGCAUGAAAAGCCAGCGGCGGGAGGCCGAGAGGAGAGAGGGUGAUGUGGACGUUCUAAAGGAGGAGUGCCGUAUGCUGCGGGAGGAGUGUCAGACCCUGAAGGAAAACAACAGGGGGCUCACGGAAAAGCUGCAGCUGCUGCAGAGACAGAGAACAUGCUCCAGCGUCUAUCUGUCACUCAAAGAGGAGGAUGCAGCAGAGGGCGAAGAGGUGAAGGAGGGCGAGGUUGGCUCGGGCGAGGUCACGACCGGGAGUUACAUGACCAUGACCCAGUCCGAGAACUGUCGCCUGGUGGAUGCCUCCAUUCAGAAGAACAUCUCUUUUGACGGGAAGCCGGUGACGCCGACGAGCUGGAACGGCGGGAUCGGGGAGAUCUUCUCACUGAGAGACCAGCUGAAACAGGCCGAGGAGAAGGCCUCGCAGGUUCAGAGGGAGUGUGAUGGUCUGAAGGUGGAGCUGCAGGAGCUGCAGAUUCUGUACGACAGCAGUCAGAGGGAGAGGGCGGAGCUGGAGGAGGAGCUGCAGCGCUGCAAGGCGGAGCUGCAGAAGCUGGCAGGGGGUUCUCAGAGUUUCAUCCAUCCAUCUGAGCACCCUGUUCUCUCCAUCCCCUUCGUAGGAAUGAUUAUAAUUGUGGCUGUGGUCUGGUGCUGGUUGUCGGAGCUGGCGUCCCAGAGAGCAAGGGGAGUGAGGUAGGUUGGAACUCCAUUGUGACUCUCUCCGCAGCCACAGCCCUGCUACUGGCAAUGGCCGGCUUGUUGAGAGCUCUCGUCCGGUGCUGAUUGGAUGGGACGGACGUCCGCUUCGGACCAGCCUGCGUUCUCGCCACCUAAGCCGACUGAACAGAAAUCAUUUCAUCGUAACACCUGAAAACGUGGGAAGUUUGUCCUCGAGCGAGACGGCGCAGGAAAACUCGGACUGGGAACGACGGGGUCGGUCUAAGCGCUGCAGUGCGAACGAGAAGUAAUCUGUUCAAUAGACGUACGCUUGUGUUGUGACAGUCCUCUGUGAAUAUGACCUUCUUCUCUUUUAAUAUGUGACAUGUUUGUUCUUAUUAUUCCCUACUUAAGAUGUAAUGACUUUGUAAAAUUGAAUAAUUUCAUUUGAUGUUUCCUCUUGUGUUAGGUAGGUGUUUCGGAUGACAAUGAAAAUAAUCCUCUGUCUGUAAGUUUGAACAAAGCGAGCUCAAAACCUGACAUCCAGUCAGUUUACACGCCUGUAUUUAUGAACAACUUGUUCUUAUUGUAAAACCCCAAUAAUGAUCCUCUUAUGGAUGAAGUCGGCUCCUCUUUCGCCUUUAACUCACAGUCGUGCAACAAAGCGCUCUCGCUCGAAUUCUCGCACUUCAGACUUUCUGCAUCAAACUCCUCUGGUAAGAUUUUCUGAAGUCUUUAUUUUUCCUUAGCAAAUAUUUUUAUUGGCUUUCUGAAGAAACUCCCAUACAGCAAAUGGUCUAGUUGAUGAAGAAUGGGAUCAAACGGUUAAUUUAUUUCAGUGAUUUAGUUGAAAAACGGGGAAAUUCAGGGGUUUUAGAGAUUAAUUACACACAGAGGAAUUUGUUUGAUGUCUCUUUGUCUGUUGAUUUAGACGAUUAUGGCUUACAGCUGAUGAGAACCCAAAAUCCUGUUUAUUUGAAAACUUGAAUAUUGCUUUAGUCUCAUAAACAAGUUUUAGUGCAGAAAAGUCGACCCACUAAAUACUACGCCGUGUCCUACGCAGGGCUACUUGUGCAUGAAUCGCCACUUCAUGGAUUCACUCUGGGCUUUCGGUCAGGCCGGCUUGCUGACCAGUCCCGGUCAUUAAAUCAGCCACUGAUUUGGCAGCAAGGGGAGGAAAUCUGCAUCUCCAUGAAGCUUGUCAACAGAGGGAAGAAUGAGGCGCUCCAAUGUUUUCUUGCAGACAUCGGUGCCAAUUUUGGACAUUUUGACGCCAGCAGACGACACGCUUCCCAAACGAUCAGAAUAUCUGGAAACUUUACACUCAAGCAUCUUGCAUUCAGUUCCUCGUCACUCCGCCAAAUUCAAGGAACUUUUAGCGCCACAAUUUUUCAUUUCGCUCAACUUUCCGUCAGGGUUCUUGCAUAGAGCCCUCUGUGAGCGUCUGUCAGUGUCUGCUGAACAACUCUGUAAUCUUCCCUGUUAUUUUUCAACAUUUCUGAAUUGGAACAGUAUUUCCAUUGGCUUUAUCUAAUCUGCUGUUAUUCUCAGAAACUGAAUUUGGGUUCGCAGCAGCUGUAAGCUAUAGUUACGAACUUUGCGACCAUAAUAUGAUUGUAUUCUAAUUUAUUGAGAUGCAUUUCAGUUUCAUGUAAAAAUAUUUAUUUAUAUAUAUAAAUAUAUUUACUCUGUCAGGCUUUGUUGGCUAAAUGUUUGGGAAACCUCCUCAGCUUUUUAAAGGUACCGCAGUUAGAAAAGGAUUUCUGCCAGUUUCAAGAGUGAAGAUCUGACAAAGUACCAAAUGUUUUGUUUUGAGGAUCUAUUAGAAGUUUAGGACGUGAUUUGUGUCUGAAUCUUGUACAUAGGAGAUCAUAAAACCUAUCUAAGCAUCUUCUACCGUCGACUUCUGUAUGUAAUCGAAGGACAUUGUUUACGUUUGUGAAAUGUUCUUUUUUGUUUUUUGUUUUGGUGACAAUCGCUUCGAACUCAAAGCAUGCUAGAAACGCAUAGAAGCACAAAACUAUAUUUAUGCCGGUUAUGUGAAUUUGGUUCCUUUCUACUUCCUGUAAAUAGAGGCAACAUGCAGUACUAUGGGAGAGAGUUCUUUCUUAAAUCCAUUUGUACCAGCUUUGUAGAAAGUUAAUUCUAUUUUAAAGAGCAUUGUAUAUUUGAUAGCCAAACUCUUAGCUAUGUAAAUGUUUAUUUAUGGCAUCGUUAGUCAGAGGACUACUUUCCAGAUGUCUUUCUUAAAAACCCCCUGGCAGCCGUCGUAUGCAUUAAGUCAACAUGAAACCUUCCUUUUUUUUCUUUUCUUUUUUUUUUUUGGUCAGUCUUCUGAAUUUCAGACACUUUUAUUGCCAAACAAGAGUUUUAAUGAGCUUUAUCUGCCUUCAAUGAGAUUUUAUGAAGUAGACACGUGCCACAGGACUGCAGCUGCCACUACUUGACCCACCUGUAACAUGAACCGAAGUCCUAUUAAAUACUGCAUUAUGUUCAGCGCCUUGCAAAAGCAAUCCUUCCCUCUGAAUGUCUCCACGUUUUGUCGCUUUACAAACUACAAACUGCAUUUGAUCUCUUUGGCGUUUUAUGUGACGGGCCAAUGCAAAGGACUGCAUGAAGUGGGAAGAAAACGUUCGCAACUCAUCAAAGCUUCAGUCAGAUUGAAUGGAGAACAUUCGUGUUCAAGUCUUUGCACAGAGUCACAAUUGCAUUUAUACUUUAACUGGACCAUUCUGAAAAAAAAAAUGGUUUAAAUCAUUUCCUUGUACAUCCAGCUGUAUGUGUCGGGUCAUUGUUGGGGUCACAGCCUCUCGCUGAUUUCUCUCCGUAAAACUGCAAGAGGCUGGAGAAAAAUACUCCCCACAGCAUGAUACUGCUUCUCCCAUGUCUCAAAGUGGGGCUGGCACAUUCAGGGUGACCUGCAAGUGUUUGUUUUCUGCCACACAAUGUUUUGCUUGUUGGUGAAAAAGUUCUGCGCUCAUAUUGUUUUGUAACCCAACACCUGUUCUCCUUGUGCUCUCCACUGCGUCCCUUGGUCUUCAUGAUGCUGUUUGUUCACGAACGACAGAACAGCUGGAUUCAUAAUGAGAUUAAGUCACACAGGUGGAGGUUAUUCGCGUAAUAGGAGACUCUUGAAGCCAAUCGGUUCCCCUGGCGCAUGUAUCGUUUUUUAUUCCAUGUCACAAUUAUGAGAAAUCGGUCUUACCCGAUCCCCACGAAACUCCUUUCAAGUCUGUGUUUUGAAAUAAAACAAAAAUGUGAAAAAGAUCAACUGGUACAAACGCCUCUGCCGGGCAAUUUAGGACAUCGUCUUUAUUUUCAUUUUCUUUCAUUGUUCUUACUAUUGUUUGCGAAGCGUCAAUGUUGCACAGUGUUCCGAAGCUCGCCGCUUUUGCAUAUUUAUUGCGUUGGUUCGUCUUCAAUAUAUAGUCGCGGCUAUUUUGUUACCUGGAUGUCUAUUUUGUACUGCGAAUGAGUCGAGAAAAUAAAUAUAUCCAACCCA